CACACCCCGCCACGCCCCGCCCCCACGGUAAGCGCUCGGUGGGGGGUAAAGGCGAUGCGACCCCCCGGGGCCACCGCAGGGGCAGGAGGGGCGCCGCCUCCCGGCCCGCGGGGCACAUGGUGAUGAUUCAGGAUAAAUUACCGUGAGGCCAGAGCGGCGCGGCGGCGCGGUCAAAGGCCAUGGAGGACGACAUUGUCCGAGGCCAGGACGGCCUUGACCCUCGGCCCUAUCGACCUCCAAGUCUAUCCGAAGGCCGAGAAAGUGGCCGCCCCGAGGCUGGAAGGAGAAACACUGAUGAGUCGCCCAGAGUUCUCACCCUCGUCGGCGCGAGCCCUCACCCGAGCAGUUCGAGCACCUCUGCGAACCGCCUCGACUCCGGACAGGACGAGGUGGAUGAGGACGGACACGACAUCGUCCGCGAAGCGCUGCCUGCCGCGGACGAUGUCCUCGAUCUACUGGUUCUCGACGUGGACGAUGAUGACCUCGGCGACGACUUGGACACGUUGGUGUCAGCAAAGUCCACGUUAGAGGAGGCGUCCACAGAGGGGUCAUCGUCCGGAAAGAAAUCGCAGGACGACACCCCAGGAAGCAAUACGCCCGACGUCACGUCCCCGGAACGGGCGGAAAACGCCCCGGCCCCGGCCCGCCCGCCCGAGUACUACAAGGGCCUCGUCAAGCGCCUCGAGCCCUUCGCGCAGCUCGUCGUGGCCGUGGACCCGAGGGACCCCGACGGCCAGAGCCAGAUCCGGGAACGCAUUACCGCCAUCGAGCGCUUCCGAGCCGACAUCAGGGUGUCGCCUCAGGUCGGCGCGGACCAGGCGCCGCCCCUGGCGGACAAGGACAGCGGCCCGCUGUUCUGCCGCAUCUGCCGGGACACGGACGGCCAGGGUGGCGGCGGCAGCCUCGGCGGCAGCGUCCUCGUGGCGCCUUGCCGAUGCCGGGGCUCCGUGGCCAGGGUGCACGUUGGCUGCCUGGAGCGCUGGCUGGCCGAGAGCGACUCUACGUCUUGCGAGCUGUGCGGCCACCUGUACACCACCGUCCGCACGCCCAGCUACAACGUGCUUGCAUCCAUUCCCGCUUGGUUGAUCAGCAACGGAAACUCAGACCUCCUCUUCGACUUCGUGGCGUUCUUGAUCUUUACUCCGGUAGCGCUACUAGGCACUCACUUGGGUCUGAGUGCAGAUGACAGUGCCUACUUUCAGGUGUCACUGAUGGCUGCGAUUGAUCUAGUGUACUCCGCGUGGCUUGCUAUGCGAGUACACUAUCAUGCUAUGCGCUGGUAUUCUUGGUGGCGCCGCAAAUGUACUGUGAAAAUAAUUCUGGACCCAGAAGAGAGCAAGGAUAGACUUACUGAGUCAUCAUAGUCUGUGAUAAAAAUAAACUGACAAACAAAACCAUA